AUGUUCCAGCCCAGACACCCGCAGCCGUUCUCCCUCGCGGAGGCGGAGCAGCUUGAUGUUUCGACCAUUGUCGCUGAGAUUUCGCGGCUGCGUAACUCAAUCUCACACCUCGACGAGUCACAGAGCGAGCUUCUGUCCGCGCUCGAGGAGGAGGAGGAUGCCGACCUGCGCUCCGCGUGGCAGGAGAAUCAGGGCACGAUCGCCUCGCAGAAUGAACGGAUAGCCAUGCUCACCCACGUGCUUGAGGGGAAGGUCGGCCGCGACGCUCUCGGGCACUAUGGCAUCACACCCACAGGCUCUACGACAGCGAGUAGUGCAGCUCCACCUACGCCUGCCUCGCCGAAUCCGACCUUGGUGGCGCCGACGCCAACAACAGCGAUAGCGUCCACGAACGCGAACGGCGACGUUGAGAUGGCAAACGGGGCGAACGGCGCAAACGGCAGCUCGGACAAUCGGCCAAACGGGGACACUAACGAGGAUGAGGGUGUCUUCCUCUGA